GUGCCUCCUCCUCGGCAUGUCGCUGCUGCUGCUGCUGCUGCUGCGGCUUCCUAUUUACUGAAACUUCUGCUGGCAGCUUCACAGAGAGCUGACAGCAGCUACAGGCUUCAGUCAGGAUGAACUGAGCACGAGUUGAUCCCAUACCAAGUGGGUGUGAUUGUUUUCUUUAGUUUUUUUUUUUUUAGUUUUUUAUUCCCACACCUUGUUUUUGUUUUGCUUGCGUUGCGCGUUCUCGCUUGUUUCUCCUGAAGAUGAAGUUUAACGGCUACCUGAAGCUGCGGAUCGGCGAGGCGCUGGACCUGAAGCCCACCACCUUCUCCCUGCGACACUCCGUCAUCUUCAACAAGGCUGCCCCGGCCCUGGACCCCUACAUCGUGGUGAAGGUGGACGACUACAAGAUCGGACAGACCCACACCAAGCAGAAGACCAACAUGCCCACCUACAACGAGGAGUUCUGCCUCAACGUGAACGACGGCAGGCAGAUCGAGCUGGCCGUGUUCCACGACACUCCGAUCGGGUACGACGACUUCGUGGCCAACUGCACCAUCCAGUUCGAGGACCUCAUCCAGACCUCCAACACCGGGGAGACCUUUGAGGGAUGGAUGGACUUGGAGCCGGAGGGGAAGGUCUACGUCCACGUUACGCUGUCUGGCUCCUUCACUGACGAUGAUGCCAUAGUGAAAGAAAAGACCUACAAGCAGUUCACGAGGAAGCGGCAGAGGGCCGUGAAACGGAAGAUCCACCAGGUCAACGGACACAAGUUCAUGUCCACGUUCCUCCGUCAGCCCACCUUCUGUUUCCACUGCAAAGAGUUCAUCUGGGGUGUUUUUGGAAAGCAGGGCUACCAGUGUCAAGUUUGUACUUGUGUGGUUCACAAACGAUGCCACGAGCAUGUCGUCACCGUGUGCCCACGCAUGAAGAAACCCGCAAAAGAACAGCCCACGACCCAAGGCUUCAGCAUCAACGUCCCUCACAAGUUCAGCAUGCACAACUACAAGUCGCCCACCUUCUGCGACCACUGCGGCUCCCUGCUGUGGGGAAUCGUCCGACAGGGGCUGCACUGUAAAAUCUGCAAGAUGAACGUCCACAUCCGCUGCAAAGGCAACGUCGCGCCCAGCUGCGGCGUGAACAGCGUGGAGCUGGCCAAUAAGCUGGCGGAGAUGGGUCUGCAGGCCGGAGGGCUGGCCAAAAGAAACUCAGUGCUCCAAAAGGAAAAUCCGAUGAGGCAGCCGUCCGAGAGGAGGGAGAGUACGGAAAGUCAGCGGCAGGCUCCUCGACUGGGAAUUUCGAACUUCACGUUUCUUCAAGUGCUCGGCAAGGGCAGCUUUGGCAAGGUGAUGCUGGCGAGACUAAACAGCAGAGAACGGGUUUUCGCGGUGAAGGUGUUGAAGAAGGACAUCAUCUUGCAGGACGAUGACGUCGAGUGCACCAUGACGGAGAAGAGGGUGCUGUCGCUGGCGCGCUGCCACCCCUACCUCACACAGCUGUACUGCUGCUUCCAGACAUCGGACCGUCUCUUCUUCGUGAUGGAGUUUGUGAACGGCGGGGAUCUCAUGUUCCACAUCCAGAAGUCGAGGAAGUUCGAAGAGGGCAGAGCACGUUUCUACGCGGCGGAGAUCACGUCUGCUCUCAUGUUCCUGCACAGUAAAGGCAUCAUAUACAGGGAUCUAAAAUUGGACAACGUUCUCCUCGACAAAGACGGUCACUGCAAGCUGGCCGAUUUUGGCAUGUGCAAGGAGGGCAUAUUUGAAGGUGUGGCGACGGGAACUUUCUGCGGGACCCCGGAUUACAUCGCCCCAGAGAUCCUGCAGGAGAUGCUGUAUGGACCCUCUGUCGAUUGGUGGGCGCUCGGGGUGCUGCUGUUUGAGAUGCUGUCGGGACACGCCCCCUUCGAGGCAGAAAACGAAGAUGACCUCUUUGAAUCCAUUCUCAAUGAAGAGAUCGUUUAUGCGUCUUGGCUCAGCACAGAGGCCGUAAACAUACUCAAAGCUCUGUUGACCAAGAACCCGGCCCGGCGUCUGGGCUGCGUGGCCUCAGAGGGCGGCGAGGACGCAGUGACCAGCCACGCCUUCUUCACCACCAUCGACUGGGAGAAACUGAAUCGUAGAGAAAUAGAACCACCCUUCAAACCCAGGAUUAAAACACCAGAGGAUGUGAACAACUUUGACCCAGAUUUCACUCAGGAAGAGCCCACCCUCACGCCCAUCGACGAUAUCAUCCCUUCCACCAACCAGGACGAGUUUCGACACUUUUCCUUCACUUCACCUGAACUGCUGGAGAGCUAAGAGCCUCCUCGCCGCUCUGCCGCUCAUCCAGCACUUGUGUCAAACUUCUCAAUCUCUAUGACUUUGCAGAAGACGGUAUGUACAGUAUGACGCUGUCACAUUCCCCAGAGACAUGACUACGCAAAGUGCAAAAGGAGUCAGCCAAACACAACCUCAACGAGAAACCGGGGCUUCACAUGAACUCUUAAGCGCUUGUGAAAUUGUGGCCUGUGAUUAGCUUUUGGAGUUGCAUUUAGUUUUGACUGUGACAUGACUUAUCGACACAUUCGUGCGAGCGUCUGUGUGGACAGGAUGUAUUUCACAUGUUGUUGUGUUGUAAUGACUUUGCUUCCAUUUACGUCAAAUGAAAAAGCACUUUUUGGAACAUAAAGACA